GGAGCGAUUCGAUGUGUACAUUGCGGACAAUGAAGCGAAGUUUUUAUCAUUUUUAAAAUUCAGUGAUAAAGAAGCAGCUUAUCAAUUGAAGAAAUACACCCGGGUGUACCCAGGGCUUGACCGAGUGAUGUUUAUUCUGUCAGAGUGGGCGGAAAAGAACGGACUGUUCAGCCAUCGCCUUCAAAGUCAUCAUGUAUACCUAAUUCUAAUCCUCUAUGCUACUGGGCGCAUUAACGGCUACAGUAUGAACUGCAUGAAGCCAUUUUUAGACUGUUUGGAAUUAUCGAUCAAGCCAGCUGAAGAAGUACCGCAACCAGAACGGCUGGACCAAUAUAACCAAACAGAGCUUUUCGUCGCCUUUUUUGAGUAUAUGGCAUCUCGCGAGUUCCGCAAGUUAGCCCAUAUCUCUUUCGCCACACUGGAAUACCCAUCUAUGUUUUCGCGCGGUGAAUGGAUGCCGCUCCAUGAGGUUGGUAUUUUUAUUAGAAUUACAUGCUUCGUGACCUUCGAGAAGGCAGCCAUCAAGACGUACUACAACAUGGUUUUCAACCUGCGAUUGGAGGAAAUACACGAUACUCCUCAACAGUCGUUGACGACCUCACCGAUACGUGAAUGCGAGCCAUUCGUUAUUGAGUUGCCUGGUGAGUCCUCGGUGCUCAUCUCAUGA